GGGGUUUUUCCGGUUUCCAUACCCCGUCGCCUCUCUUUCCAUUACCGAUUUGCCUCCAUCGUUUCUCAAGAUUUUACACAAUGGUUCUAUCAAACAAGAAGCUAAAGGAAAAGCUACGAGCCCAACUCACCGAAGCCUUAGCCAAAUCAGAGUCUCAAGCAAACCAAUCCAAUCUCAACGACUCGCAAACCCCUCAGUCAUUCAAAUCUCUCCUGAAUUUGGUAACCCAAAAACCUAAAUUAUCCAAACGGGAAAAACGCAGAGUUACAGUACCAUCAAAUCAUGAAAAUGGUGAUGAAAAGAGAGAAAGCGAAGAGGGUAGUAACGGAUUGAAGACAAAUAAGAAGAGGAAGAGAGAAAAAGAUGGAGUUGAGGCGAAGGAAGUAAACGAGGCGAAAGAUUUGAGCGAGAAUAAAAAUAGUAAAAAGAAGAACAAGAAGAAAAAGAAUAAGAAAAAGAAGGUGGUCGUGAAGGAAGAAUCAGUUCUGCAAAAACCAAAUGCUGUAAGUGAAGAACAAGAACAAGCUGUUGCAGAGCCAAUUCAAAUUCAUACCAGCAAUGAAGAUGCGAAUAUUUCUACAAAGAUUUAUGUCGGAGGCAUUCCAUACUACUCAACAGUGGAUGAUAUUCGCAGUUUUUUUGAACAUUGUGGAAGCAUUACUGAAAUAGAUUGUCUAAAAUUUCCCGAAACUGGGAAAUUCAAUGGGAUUGCAAUGAUAAGUUUUCGGACUGAAGCUGCAUCAAAGAGAGCAUUAGCACUUGAUGGAUCUGAUAUGGGUGGACUAUCUCUAAAGGUUCAACCAUACAAGGCAACCAGAGAUAAAAAAGUUUCCGACUUUGCCCCUGCAAUGUUGGAAGGCUACAACAGGAUCUAUGUAGGAAAUCUGUCAUGGGAUAUGACAGAAGAUGAAUUAAAGAAAUUCUUCUCAGAUUGCAGUAUAUCUUCUAUUCGACUUGGAAAAGAUAAAGAAACAGGGGAAUUCAAAGGUUUUGCUCAUGUUGACUUUUCAGAUAGUCUUUCUUUGACAAUGGCAUUGAAAUUGGAUCAAAAACCUCUUUUUGGAAGACCUGUAAGAAUCAGAUGUGCAGUUCCACCAAAAUCAGUAAACCCUAGUUCAAAUCCGGACCCCACUUUUGGUAAAAAUGAAGUCAAUGGUAAGUUGACCCAUUCUGAUGUUACUGAUGAUGUUGCCCGAAAGCUAAAGAGGCAAACUUGCUAUGAGUGUGGUGAAAAGGGUCAUCUUUCUUCAUCCUGCCCGAAAAAGCAAGCUGCUGACGUGGCAAAAUCGGGCAGGGAAACUUUUGCUUCUGUGGAUAGCCAAAAGGUUGAUGAUAAAGUGAUUGAAUUUGUUGGUGAUGCUGCUUUAAAGUGGAGAACAUGCUAUGAAUGUGGUGAAAGGGGACACCUGUCAUUAGCCUGCCCGAAAAGACAGGUUGCUGACGUGGCAAACUCGGGCAGGGAAGCUUUUGGUUCUGUGGUGGUUGUGGAUAAUGAUGUUUCUGAUAGUAAGGUAAAGAGAAGAACGUGUUAUGAAUGUGGUGAAAGGGGACAUCUCUCGUCAGCCUGCCCGAAAAAGCAAGAUGCUGACGUGGCAAACUCGGGCAGGGAAGCUUUUGAUGUCAGAGAGGUUGUUGAUGAGAAAAUGAUUCAACCUGUUAGUGAUGGAAAGCUAAGGAGGAGAACAUGCUAUGAAUGUGGUGAAAGAGGGCAUUUGUCAUCUUUAUGUCCAAAGAAAGUAGUUGCUGAUGUGGCUGAUGACGUGGAGAAGGUUGAGAAAGCUGAGGUGGCUGAAGUUGUUGAUAAUGUGGUGAGUGAAGGUAAGCUAAGGAGGAGGACUUGUUAUGAAUGUGGUGAAAGGGGCCAUUUGUCGUCUUUAUGCCCAAAGAAACAAGCUGCUGACGUGGCGAAGGUGAGGAAGGAACCUGAUGACGUGGAAGUUGAAGCUUUAAAAACUACAGUGGCUGACGUGGCGAGUGGUAAGAUAAGGAGGAGGACUUGCUAUGAGUGUGGUGAAAAGGGUCAUCUUUCUUCCUUGUGUCCAAACAAAAAAGAAGCUGAUGCUUGAUGCUUCAACUUAAUCAAGUUUUUUCAUGACAAUCUUUUGUGGCUACCAAGGAAUAGAAAUUUUGAUAGAAGUGAAGUUGGGCAUAUUGGCAUGAACUUAUAUGCUCUACAUUUUUCAAAAUUAUAAGUAAAAGGAAACAUUUUUUUUUCUUGUCUUUAUGUUUAAUUUAUUUGUUGUACAAUUGGACUGGUAGAUUUGUUUGGUUAUGUAUUUGGUGUCAUGUGGUCAGGUAAGAAACGUUGAUGAUUCUUGCAUUUACACAAAGGGUCGUGUCAUAAACAAUGCAAAAUGGAAACAAAAUUUACAUUUGAUGCUUUUUCA